AUGAGUUAUCGUGCUUUGCCCACUGGCGGAGAUGAUGUAGUCUUUGACAACCUCAGGAAAAAAGUGCGGGAUAAUUUUGUGGGAUGGUAUUUAUAUGCAUUUUCCAGUGAGCCAUUCAUUGUAUCUGCGGUAUCGACGUACGUGCCGCUGCUUUUGGAACAGUUUGCAAGAAUUAAUGGUGUAAAAGUUGAAGAUCACAGCGUUUCGUGUGCCAACUCAGACGGACAAUGUGUUUUGGGUUUGUUUGGCGGUCGCUGGCAUAUUGACACGUCCAGUUUUGCACUUUACACAUUUUCUCUUAGCGUGUUAUUUCAAACGCUUCUAGUGAUAUCGGUAUCGGGGGUCGUGGACAGAUGGAAGUCGGUCAAGUUCAAAGGUAAUGUCGUCGUGGUUUUUGGAAUUGUUGGAGCUAUUUCAACUUUGAUUAUUAGCCAGUUGAAAACUUCUCAAUUUUACUCGCUUGCGAUUUUCAGUAUAAUGGCCAACUGUUGCUACGGCGUCGUCAACGUUGUAGGAAACUCACUACUUCCAAUCUUUGUUGCAGAUUCCAUCAAAGUUACGGAAAAUCUAUCCGACAGCGACUCGGAGAAAAUCACUUCGAUAACUAGCGGGCGGGGCUCUGGUCUUGGGUAUUUGGGUGCGCUCGUGGUUCAAAUUGUAUCGAUAGUUUUAGUGAAAAGAAGUAAGUCGCACGAUAAUAUUCAGUUGGCGGUGUUACUUGUCGGGCUAUGGUGGUUAGUUUGGCAGACUCCUAUGACCUGGCUUCUUCAGGAUUUGGCUCCGAUUGACCCGGAAGGAGUCGAUUUGCGAUUCACGAAUAUAAAGCGUUAUGUGGGAUAUGGUUGGAAAUCUUUAUUUGAAUCCCUACGUAAUGCACGUUUGAUGAAAGAUGUGAUGAUUUUCCUUAUUGGCUGGUUUAUUAUCUCCGACUCCAUCACAACUAUAAACUCUACAGCAAUAUUGUUUGCAAAAACGGAGCUCAAAAUGACCACUGUAAACUUGAUUGUAGUCAGUGUUCUUUCCCUUGUUAGUGGCAUAAUAGGCGCAUUCGUGGUCCCUGAGCUUCUUUCAGCCCGACUCAAACUUUCCCCUCAGCAUAGUCUUAUGGCCAUCAUAUGCUGGGCUAGUGUUAUUCCCUUCUAUGGUACCUUGGGAUUUUUUUUGAGUUCUGUGGGGUUAAAGCACAAAUUCGAGAUGUACUUCCUUGCCAUCUGGUAUGGCAUAUCCAUGGGAGGUCUUGCCGCGGUUUCAAGAUCAAUUUUCAGUCUCAUUAUCCCACCAGGUAAGGAAUCGACAUUUUUUAGUCUUUUCAAUGUUACCGAUAAGGGCUCCUCUAUUUUAGGACCUGCGCUUGUGGGCUUCCUCACUGAUAGAACACACAAUAUAAGGUACUCUUUUUACCUCCUUUUGCUCCUAUUGAUCGUAUCGCUCCCCGUUUUUAGAAUGCUCGAUGUCGACAGGGGUAAGCGCGAGGCUAAGGAGAUUAGCGACUUAGCCAUUGAGUAA